CCAACUCUGUUUUGAUCAAAAUAAAAGUUGUUUGCUUGCUGAAACCUUGGCUCAGGAGUUUCUUUGGCUCUUUUAAAUUCCUGAGUAAUGCUGGGGCAAUUGUGAGGUUAAGUGGAAAACCUUACAUCCUGACGCCCAAACGUGGUGGAAGCCACAAUGGCUCUCCCCUCACAUCUGGAGACCCCUGUUAAGGUCCCAGCGAGCCUUCAAUUCUCAGCAGAUGAAACCAGCGGCGACUGUGAGUCUUAGAGCGCUCCCAGGUGUUUGACCUGGAAGAUUCUAUGCUUCAUCGUCGAUGGUGGGGUCCCUGUAUAAUGAACCUGAACGCCCGAAUUCAACGAGGUUUCAUGCUUCUCUACUGACGGGAGAAAUUGCAACAGGCGCCUUGGUGCGGUUCUCUCACUUCCUCUGUGAUUAUUGACAGCGACAUGGCGGUAACUCCUGCAGGGAUGGCGGUGGAUGUUCAGGCACGAUUUGGGCAUUCGGUGAAAGGACUGCUGACCGAGAAGGUGGCCAACUGCGGUACGGAUAUAAUCGCUCUCACUAAACAGGUGCUCAAGGGCUCCCGGAGCGCCGAGUUCCUAGGACAGGCUGCCAGAAAUAUGGUGAUGCAAGAGGGUGCCAUUCUGCAUUCUGAAGAUAGUUUAAGAAAAAUGGCUAUUAUAACUACUCACCUACAGUACCAGCAAGAAGCUAUUCAAAAAAAGAGCUCAAGGCAGUUUACAUGGGAUCUCUUUAAACGUUUAUCCCCAUUACAGCUUUGGUACCCUCAGGAUGGGAUUAGAAAGAGUUUCCAUGGAUGAUGGACUUGAAGCUGGGUGGCCUCAGUCUGAGAGCAGUAACAUAACUGUAUGCAAGUAACUGAUAAAAGUCCUUUGAGUGUUCUCUAGAAACUGCUAUCCAUGAAAACCACAUUCUUAAGUGUUUAUAUCUGUUUCUGGAUUUGCCCUGUCUACAAUUCAAGCCAGAAAAGCUGUAAACAAUUUCAGGAAAGAAUGGCCAAAGGGCAGCACGUUGAAAGCUGUUACAACUUUCUGCAACAAUGCCAGUAGGAUGUACUGAUUUCAAACAUGUUUGUAAUGCUAGAUCCUAACAUUUUGCUUUCUGGGCCCCUUAAAAUUCAAGGCCAUUACUGAAAUAAAAAUAGAAGUACCCUUCCCUCCAGGCAAGGACCAGUUUCCUACCUCAUUCUGUGUCCUAUCCCAGUGCUUGGGGGGAAGAACCAGGUCAUCACAGCCUUCCAGAAGGAUAAAAAGGUAAGGCAUGUUUGGUAUUUGAAUGACAAGCUGUGGGUUCUAUUCCAAAAAUUGGGUGUGCAGUAAAAAGGGUGGUCAUAUCUUGAUUUCUAGAAUUUUGAAUCCCAUAGAGCAGCGGUUCUCAACCUUUGUGUGAUGGCGACCCCCGUCACACAGACAUGCUGCGCAUGCGUGGCACCGCCCCCUGAGGAGGAAAAAUGGCGGAUCGCAUUGUUUGGCGACCCCCGUAAAAUGGUCGUUCGACCCCAAAUGGGGUCGCGACCCAUAGGUUGAGAACCGCUGCCAUAGAGGUUCUCUACUGCACACAUUCUCCCUCUGCAUAUGGUGGAUGAUAAUGAUAGGAUUGCAAAAAUUUGGCAUUUAUACCCCCUCCCCUUCCUUCUAUACACAGCAUACCUAGGCAUGAUGAGUAGUCAAUUUUUUUUCGCUUUGUAUUGAGGUUUUGACUGCCAUUUUAAAGUAAAACUUCCAGGACUUUAAAACCGAGGCAAGAGAGGAAGAAGAAUCUUGAAAAUUUCCUUGCAGAAAAACCUGGUGCUUCCAUCAAUGAUGAUUUAAACUGCAGUCCUAAACCUUACUGGACCAAGUAUUUACUUCUGCAUAAUCUUCCUGUGUUAGUGCUAUUGGUUUUUAAUAUUGACAGCAGAGGGAGACAUGCUGCCAUAAUAAGCAAACUGGAGAAAGGAAACAACCAGCCCAAAUAGUAGCAAAGAGAAGAGAACUUUAGGAUCUAAAAAAAAGUACAUUUCUGUCAUCAUAUUUGUGAGGCAAAUGCUGAAAAAUGUUAUCAAAUCAUCCAGAAUAGACAUUCAUUCAUUCAACCAAAUUUGUACAGCGGCCCACCUCACAAAAAGCACCUCUGGAUGGUAUACAACAAUAAUUAAGAUAUAUUUAUAUAUCUUUUGAAAGCAAGUUUGGUACAGUGGGUAAGGCAGAAAUUGGGAGACCAUGAGUCUAAUAGAUUACACGUGCAGUUUAAAAGAAUAUCUGUAGCGUAUAAGUUCUAUGUUAUUAGUGGAAAUCUCCACAAAAUUCACUUAAAACGUAUGGGAGAACUUCCAGAAUUUCAUUUUCAAUGUAUGUUUGAUUUGAUUUUAUCCAUGCUGGAAUAUUGGCUGCCAUUAUGAGAUUCAUGCUUGAAUUGUGCACUGUAAGAAUAUUCUAUUUGAAGAAUUUUCUUGUAAAAAAGGUGUUCCAUGUUCAGAUCUACUUCACAUGUAUGCAAAAACAUGCAUUGUUUAAAUAUAGUUUAUUGUAUAAACCACAGAUGACUUGUUCACACAGGUACUAAACUAUGAGCCACAGUUUCUAAACUUCCAUGGCCAGAUUUAUAUAAUAUUAUAAGCUAAAAAGAAACUAAACUCAUUAUGGCUUUUCAUAAAUUAGAACAGGCUGCUUGUUUAACGUACAGACUACAAAAUAAUCUGAGUGUUCGAAAAACAUAUAAAUUUCAUCAAAUGAAUUUCACAAGGAAAUAUUUUUAAAAUCCCUGAAUAUUUAUAUCCUAGUCUUAAAUAUGUUUUAAUAGUGUUUAUCCAUGAGGAUAGUAGAGCAGUGUAAAGUAAAUAUGUCCAGAAUAAAAUUUACAUGACAAAUCCAAUAAAGUAAUAAAUAAAAACCUUAUGUAACAGCCCAAGAUAAAUAUCAGAACAGAGCAACCCAAACUGCACCACUUCAAAUGCUUUGGCAAAUAAAAGCAGUUUUGAACUGGGAUCUUUUUAAAACCACACAUUUGCCACAUGUCAAAUCAUUUACAAGGGAGAUUGUGUUGUUGUUUUUAAGCUGAUCAGACUUACACAAAAUGGUAAUGCCAUAAAAAUUCUUGUUACUGGGCAUGUUUGUUGUGAGCUUGCACAGAAAGAAGCAAAAGAAGAGGCAAAGCUGAUAGGCAUAUUUUGAGAGAUGGCUAAAUAAAUGGCCUUGGAAGAAGAAAAUGAACCAGGACAACACAGUGCCCCCAACUCCCAAUCCUGGGAUCUUUCCAGAAUACCAUAGUCAAUGAUAUCAAAGGCCAUGGAGAAGUCAAGUAGAACAAAGGUGGACACACUACAUCUAUAAAAAGCAUAACCAAUACAAUUUUUGUCCUGUAACCAGGCCUAAACUCUGCCUGAAAAGAGUCCAGAUAAUCUAUUUCACCCAGGAUCCUCUGGAGCUGCAGCAUGACCACCUUCUCAACAACCUUCCCCAGAAAGGAAAGAUUGGAGACAGGACAAAAAUUGUCCAUUAGGAUGGGAUUUAGCAAUGCCUUCUUAAGAAGGGCUCAAGCACAGCUUCCUUAAAGGACUGGGGCAUCACACACACACACCCAUCUAAAGAUGCAUUGACUACCCAUGCAUCACCUGCCAGGAGACUUUUACCAGUCUGGGAGAUGUGGGUUUAAAACAGAUGGCUGAGCUCACAUUCCCUAAAAUCCGGCCCACUUCCUUAGGAGCAACAGGUGAAACCCAUUGCCAGAUACCUGGACAAGGACUUAGGCAUCUCCCUGGACCAGUGUCCACACUAGUAUCCAACGGGAAAUGAAUCGGAGUGGCUUUAUCUUCUAGAAAAUCAGCAAUUCCUCAGUGUGUCACUGCAGAUAGAUAUUUGAGUCCUCCUUACCCAGAAGGGACCAGGUCAUCUUACAGAGUGUUGCUAAGUAAUUCACAGAUGCAAUUUCUGCAAAGUAAUUCCAAUUUGCCACAUGAGUAAUUAUGAAGUGGGCCUUAAUAGUAGCUCUUACCCAUAUUCAGUCAAGUUUGUUCUCCAUCUCCUGCCAGUAGUGCUCUAGAUCAGGGGUCCCUUGUAGACUGGCAUCUGGUAGCAGCAUGCCAGAAACUGGGCCACGCAAACAAGUGAAGCUCCAUACGUGGGAUGCAGGCAGCAUGCGCAACCAUGCCCCCUCCAGUCCAUGGCCAAACAUCUCUUCACGGAACUGGUCCCUUGUGUCCAAAAUGUUGGAGCCAUUGCUCUACCGUAGAUGUCUCUUGAUAUAUUUAAUUUCUCUCAAUUCCUCAAUAUAUCAUGAGGCAUAACAAGGUCCAUGGCUCAGGAGAGGUGGCCUGGGUAUAAUCCUUUUUAAAACCUCUGUUAUCCUCCUAUUCCAGACAGUGACUUGGGUUUCAGCAGGACUACAAAGCUGACCUUGUUGUAAUCUGCGGCUCCCAACAGAAUACAUUGAAGUCCAUAUUUCAAAAUACAAAUUUAUCACACAGUAAUAAGUAAUGAUGUAUGGUUUGGUUUUCUCUUAGGGUGUUUUAUGAAUGCUAUUUGAUCUAUAAACUAUGGUUUAUAAAUCAGCUUAAUGUGAACUUAGUCAAAGAGCUCACCCUGCUGUCCUUCUGAGACAUAAAGACAAAUUGUUUUGAAGGACAUGUCUUCAUGAAAAAGGCCUUCUCAUUUGGAGAGAGUUCUAGAUUUAAAGUAAUAUCUUUCCUCUUCCAAUAAAUAUCUUUUUGCAGAA